AUGCGACCGGAUGGUGAUCUGAUGGCAUUCGUUGAUAAUGGCGGAGUUUUGUCGCUUUAUGGCCUCGGGGAAAAUAGAAAAAGUCUGGAGAAGCCGAGACAUCAGUUCUUCAAUACUGACUAUGAGUAGGUUAUAAGCUUAUAAAGGGUUUAAAAAUGGUAAAAAUUGAAGUUUUAUUGGAUUUUUUUGAAACUUUGAUAAUUUUUUUAAAAAUUUUUAAAAUUUUGAAAUUUUAAUUUUUUUACAUUUCCGCGAUAAAUUUUGAAUUUUAAUGCCCUACACUUUAGAGAAUUUAUGCACGAUCCAAAUGGCUUAGCCGUGGACAUCUUUGGAGCCCCACUCCACCUCCCAGCCGAAGUACCGCACUAUGUUAACAUAGAAGGUGCACCAUACCCAGAAGAGUUCCAAGCUAACGUCCCAGGACACGGCACUCGACUAGAUGAAGGAGAACUCAUCUGGAAUGAAGAACAUCGAAUCAUUCCUCAACUGGGUGAAUCAGAACUGAAUGUAUUGAUAGAACGACAAAUGGCCAAGAAGAAAAAAGAAUUAUUGGAGUUUGAAAAAGCAAGCGAGGUCAAGAUGGACAAGGAAGCGAUGAAAAUGCUGGCUGAAAGAGCUGAGGCUGAGAAGCAGAAGCAAAGAGAAGAAAGGCUUCAGAUUCAGAGGAGGAAGAAUCAAGGUAAAAUUUGGUUGAAGUUGGUGAAAACUGAUUUUUAAAAUCGAUUUUUGCCGUUUUUAUUAUCUAAAAAUGAAAGUUUUAUAAUUUUUUGAUUAAUAUAUGGUUUUUACUAUGAAUUUUUAACCAAUUAAUUGUAAAAUGUUUAAAACAUAGGUAUAAAAUAGGGUAUUUUACGGUUAAAGUCGAGAUAAAAUUGAUUUUCCUAACAGAUUUUUUAAGAAAAUCAAUUUUCAGAGCGCCGAACCUUGAUGAACGAAACAUACGAACGUUUAAUGAACAGAGACUACCGCUUCGAAGAACAACAGGAUGAUGACGAAGACGAUUCCUCAUAUUCGGAAGGCGAAAACGAACGUGUAGUCAGUAGCAGAAGAAUAAUAUCGGACGAGGAAGAGGAGGAAGAAGACCUGGCACAAGACGAAAAUGACAGUGAUUUUGAUGUAAGUGAAGGAGUAGGUAUAGGGAAGAAGUAGGGUAAAGUAAGGUAGAGUAGGGUAUUGUAGGAUAGGGUAGUAUGCAGGGUUGGCAACAGGGCAGGGCAUUGGCUAUUUUCCAUGCCCUGCCCUGUGCCCUGCUAUGCCCUGCCCGGUACAGGGCAUUUCAGUUCCGUGCCCUGCCCUACCCUGCCCUAGGGCAGGGCAGGGCAUUUACUAUUAUAGAGCCUAAAAGUCAAUGAACUUGUAAAUACCAUGAAAUACGUACAAUAAAGUGUUGUUAAAGCCUAUCAAUUUUGAUACACUUCAAAUUGGGGGCGAUUUUGGUACUAAUACUUCGUUUUUGGAUAUUCGGCGGAGACCGGCGGAGGCUAUUUUUUCCUUUGACCAAUGCAAAACCGUGACUUUCUUUUCCUAUGACUCCUACUGAUUUGUCAAAACGUUUUGAAACAAAAAAAUGUGUUUCUUUGCGUCGGCGGACAAUCGGCGGAGAAAAACGGCGAAAGCCAUAAACUCAAUACAGAAGUUGUGUUGUGUUAGAUUUAAAAUAUUUUUGGUAUAGAGUAGUUCGCUAUACAAGAGUUACACUGUAUACUCACCCUUUACUUUAGUCAUUUACCUAAAAAAUUGACUGAGUUUAUGGCCUUCGCCGAUUGUUUGCCAAUAACAUUUCAUAAAUUUUUUACUUGAUUAAGGUCAUUGGAAAACAAAAAAAAACACCUUGAUUUUUGUCCGGUGAAUAAAGGUUGAGAUUUAGCGGAUUCUUGGUUUUCGCCGUUUUUCUCCGCCGAGUAUUAAUAAACAAAGUGCCAAUACAAAUCCGCUUGCAAUUUCAAAUGUACUUUUCCGGGUUUUGAUAACAGCGCCCAUCUCAACAUUAAAUUCCGAUAUUACUCAAAAAAAGAACGAUAGAGUCUGGGCGACUGUGAAGAUUUCUACAAACUUUUUGACCGGUCGAAAAAAUCAGAAAAGACGAAUUCAACCAGUUGAUUUUUUAAUGAACACGUAAUUAGCAUUGGCCGAGUUUACCUCAACCGUGUUAAAUGCAUCGCGGUUUCAACAAAAAUUCUAGAAAACCAAAUACGCAGUUGCGUUUCGACUGGGUUUGAGCAUUACCUUUCUUUCUCUAUGCUCUCUCACUUUUUGCCCGCCAAAUAUUGUAAAAAAAGCGUAUUUUUUGGUCAAAAGGAGUGGUCGGAGCCUCGCGCCGAAGGAAGUAAUUGAACGGCCCGAGCUUGAAAAAGGAACAGAAAACAAAAAAGGAAAAAAAUAUUUUUUUACCGGGCAUUGCAGGGCAUUUACAGGGCAUAGGGCAUGCUCUGCACGUGUGAAGCGCAUGCCCUGCCCUGCCCUGUGACCGAUCAGAAAAAAAUGCCCUAUGCCCUGCCCUAGGGCAGGGUAGGGCACAGGGCACCCUGCUCUGUUGCCAACCCUGGUAGUAUGCGGUACUGUAGCGUAGGGAAGGUUAAGAAUAUGGCAAUGCCAAUGUAUAGUAACGAUAUGAUGUCGAUAUGGCUAGAGUAGGGCAGUGACAUCGUAUACGUGGACUAGGCUAACGAUAUGUACUAUUCUCUAAAAUUUACCUUUCUUCAGGUUCAACGCCCAUCAGCAUCCUCAACAAACCGUUAUCGUAACACCCUCACAGUAACCGGCAGAAGACGCAAAAGAAGAGGCAACACCAACAUCGAAUCUCCAGAAACCGCAGCAGCAUCAGCUACAGGCACGGCGACACGGUACGGUCGUAUCGCCCGUCCUCCGCAACGAAUCUACGACGAUUUGGCACAACAAAGCCCAACAAGACAGAGAAGACGUCGUCAGCCGAGAAAUCCAAACGAACCAGGGCCUUCAAGUGCGUUGUACGAUGAGGAUUCACGCUUCACAAACGACGAAGACAGUAGAUCGUCGUUCACGAUGCGCACGAGAAGAAGAGCACGGUUAGAGGAGUCUGAAAGCUUGUCUCCACAGCCAGGAACAUCUGGUUAUGGUGGUCAAAAUGGAACUUACAGUAAUGUGGAGAACGGUACCUACAGUAAUCAUAAUGGUACAUCAACUUCAAGGGCUUCUAGAAUACAGAAUUUGGAAGAAGAAGACGAAGAGUAUGAUGCAGAAGGACAACAAGGUCAGUAUAAAUAUGAUGUACAAGGUCAAAGUCAAAGACGAGGCCGUCAGGCCAAGAAACGUGAAGAAUAUGAUGAAGAUGGUGAAGAUAAUGAAGAAGAAGAUGAAUAUGUACCUCAAAAAGAAGCAAGAAAAGCAAAGCGGUCAGCCCAUCCAAGAGGAGAAAGCGAGUUUGAUGCCAAUGAUCAAGAUGCGUCAGCAAGUGUCAUUUACGGUCAAGGCAUCGAAGAAAGACUAGAAGAUGAAGAACAAGGAGAAGAUGAAGUUGUGGACAAAUCUGAUGAUUCUUUCUCUCUAAAUUCAGAUGUAGAACCAUCGUCACCGGAAAAGGAGGAAUAUGAAGACGAGGACGAAGAAGAUGUGGUUGAUUUCAGUGUUAAAAACAAUGAUUUCAUUGUGGAUGAUGAGCAAUUUGAUGAUGAUGAAGAUGGAUCAAGCGACGAAAGUGCAGAUGAUGAAGACGAGGAGGAAGAAGAAGAAUUUGAUUCAGAUGACAGUGAACAAGUCGUCAAGAAGAAGAGGGGCAGAGCAGCAAAGAAGUCUAAAACAAGAUCAAAACACAAAUCUAAAUCAAGAUCAAAAGAUAAGAAGAAAAAGAAUAACAAGAAGAAAGGAAACAAGUCAAAGAAGAACAAAACCUCACCAAAAAGAAAACUAACCAAGAGAAAACGAACAAAAGGCGUAAUAACAGAAGAUGAAGAAGAAGAGGAAGAAUAUAAUGAAGAAGAAGAACUAAAGGAAGAGCUAGAAGAAGAAGAGUUUGAAGCAGAAUACGGCGAAGAAGAGGAGAAUGUUGUGGAAAAAGAAGAGGAAGAUGUGGAAUACGAAGGACAAGAGAAUGAUGAAGUGGAAGAACAAGUGGAAGUGGAAAAGCCAACAACUUCAAGAAGGAGUUAUGUACAAUAUGAUGAUGUAAGUGGUCGAAAAGUAAAAGGAAAAUGAUUUUUUCGUUGGAAAGUGAAUAUAAAAUAACUGCAUUGAUUGGAACGUUCAUAGAAAAUGGGGUUUUAGGUCUAAACAUAGGUAUAAAAUGGAGAGUUAGGUUCAAAAAUAAAUAGAAAAUUGGAUUUUGAGGCCUAUAGGUUAAUAGAAAGUAAGAUAUUAGGCCUUUUAAACAACUUGAUUGUUUUUAAAAAUAAAAAAAAUAUUUUCAGUACCUCGCGGACGACCCAGAAGACGAAGCAGAUGCUAAAUCCGAAAGCUCGUACGAAGGCUCCUACGUAAACGACGGCAAAAAGCGAUACCCCGGAAGGAAACGCGUCAAGCGCCACCAAGCACCCGUCCGCCGAUCUCAGCGCUCGACUAGAGUCAAAAAACAACUGACCGAGCUGUCGGACGAAGAGUACGACCCCAACGUGCGACGAUCCUCACGCCAAAGAAAACGUAUCCGUCUUGAUGAUGACAUUUAUGACUACGAGUAA